AGUCCGUGAUCAUGCACGAGAGGCCUGCAGACGCCCGGCAGCAUCUGAAGGACAGGGACCACCCGGGGACACCAGAACCGCCAGUUAAGGAGGAAGAGGAGGAGGCGCAGCUCACGCUUCUUCCUUUCCACGUUGUCACCGUGAAGAGUGAGGAGAGCGAGGACGAGCCCGUCGGCAGCAGCUGCACGCGGCGCAUGAAGACAGACUCUGAUGAGGAGUCAGAACUUGAGCGCUGUGGGGACCUAGAUUCACACACUGACCAGAGGGGGUCGCUAUGUGCUGACUCCGACACUGAUGACAGCGGAGACUGGGCGCAGACCAGGAGCCCGUGCAGCUCAGAGUCCCAUGCUGGGCCCGAAGAUGGCCCUGCCACCUGCAAAGGCGAGAAGCGCUUUGCUUGUCAAGUGUGCAGCAAACGUUUUAUUUCUGAGGCGAAUCUGACAUCUCACUCGGAGAGUCACACAAGAGAGAAACCGCUUGGAUACUCGCUUUGUGGACGGAUCUUGUCCUCCAGAUCUGCACUGAGGGAACACACAGAGCUUCACUCAGACGAGAGACCGGUGAGCUGCACACUCUGUGACAAAAGAUUCAUCAAUGAGAUGCGUCUGAAAAUACACUUGAGAAGCCACUCGGGAGCGAAACCUUUGCCCUGCUUGCUGUGUGCAGAGUGUUUCGCUGACAGAGGAAGUCUUGGUAAACACAUGAGCACACACACCGGAGAGAGACCUUUCUGCUGCUCAGACUGCGGGAAGUGUUUCAGUCGUAAGGGACAUCUGCUGAGUCAUAAAAAAACUCACACCGGAGAAAGACCCUUCUGCUGUGCAGUGUGUGGCAAAACCUUCACUGAGCGUGGACAUUUGAAGAGUCACACGAGGACACGCACUGGAGAGAAACCAUACGGCUGCUCAGUGUGCGGGCGGCGCUUUAAUGAACCUGGAUAUCUGAAGAUUCACCUGAGGACUCACACUGGAGAGAAACCAUAUUGUUGCUCCAUCUGUGGGAAGUGUUUUAUUCAAUCACUGCACUUAAAGAGCCAUAUGAAGACCCACACUGGAGAGAAACCAUUUAGCUGCGCAGUUUGCGGGAACAGAUUCAGUCUCCGGGGGAAAACACAUGAAACUUCACUCUGCUGAACAUCAAAGCAACGAGUCAGCCGAGUCUUCAGCUGGCUUGGAACCAGCAACCUCGUAAUCGUCCACCUGUGAAGAGUCGUCGGAACUGAACUGACUUCCUGAAGUCGGGCAGGGUCUGUGCUUGCCGUGAGACGUGCAGGGCACUGGUGUGUGGUUGAAGCACUUGGUGACUGGGAGCUGACACCAGGACAUUGGUUCCCACAAUGGCAACUUUGGUUUGGACUUCAGAGUAAAGGCUUCAAACUCCCGCUGAACACGUCAUUCUUGUGCCUCCAGUUCAUGGAGGUGAGUUACAACGCGCAGGAACCUGCUUGCUGAGACUCGGUGCCAAAGAGGAAACAAAGAGCUGGUGUUGGUGCUGACUGGGUCACAGGAAUGGCGUGUGGACGAUGGCCACGCUUCUUGGACCUUAUCACCUCCGUCCGUUCACUCGUGAGAAAAGACUACCAAGAAUCCAGCGAUGCAUGAGCAGAAUUCUGGCUCAGCUCAGCCUGAGCUGAGUCAGGUGCAGCGUCGUCCGGUGUAGCCACAGAAAACGAUCUGAGGUCGUGAGGUCGUCGUCCGAUUGGUCCUCAGCCGCUGACGGCCGCUGGCUCCCUCGUCACCGUGGCAACAACCCCCUCCUCUCCAGAGCCACGAAGACGGUCCUUUCCAGCCUCCUCCGCCGGAGUGAGUUCCAUGUCUGCUCCUCUCA